AUGGCAACACUGGAGCUAUCAUUACUCUGUUCGAGCUGCUCCAGGAGUUUAACUAUGUGUCUCAUGACUGCAUUGAAAGAACGCUUAAAAGAAUAUUAUCAAUUAGAAACUAAAUUUCAGGAUCCGGCAGAUAAGAAUAGAUAUGAUCAACAAUAUGCAGAGGAAAUGUUUAAGAGAAUUGGUCAGGCAUAUCAUGUGUUGUCAGAUCCAAACAUGAGAAAGAAAUACGAUCAGUUUGGAUUCGAUGCUCUGAAUAGAUAUUUGAUUGACCAAUCGAGUUGUUCAGAUUGUGACGCGACAGGAAGUGAAUCAAAGAGUAUCAGUCCAGAAGAUAUUAUCUAUUAUUCAACGCCACCUCAAUCACUAUCACAUACAUCAACAUCAACAACAACUUCAACCACUUCAAAGAAAUCAACAAUAGAAGCAAAAAAAAUAAAAAAGACAAUCUGGUCAACCAUUAGUUACACAACAACAAGCACAGUUUCAAGAGGAUCGAUCAACAGGAAUAACAAUAAUGCAGAUAGUCUGUUGUUGAAUAAAGCAACAACAACAACCACAACAACAGCAUCAACUACUCCAAUAACAAUCGGUAUUACAUAG